AUGGGUAAUACUAUACACACUCUGCGGCAGUACUUUAUUGCUGACCAAAUAGUGGACAUCGCGCCUCCGCAAACAGUACCAGAAGCCAGCACAUGCUCAGUAGGCGAAGAAUUCGAUCGCUGGGACGAGUGUGCGGUUGAGAGCUCAGCGGUAGUGGACUUUCAUUUUAACGUAUUCGUACGACAGAUGACCAUAUAUGCCAUAGGAAUGUUUGUGCUCUAUGUGGUGGCUCUGGCCAUUGUGAAGUACUUCUUGCUUAAGGGUGGCCGCAGCAGGAACCGUGAUCACAAG